UUGGUCUGUGUGUACAUUGUGCAUACUGCGGACUACAGUGGAGCACAUAUUCUGUACAGCUAACAUAUAAAGCUGUAGGUUUCGAAUAACUUACUUCGUGCAUCAACUCACACUCAGGAGCCAGGCAUCAAGGCUUUAGGACUUUUUUGACUGGAUGCAGAACAUUUGCCUUCGCAAGGCAUUACACACCGCCAGGAAUCCGACUGUCACCUUGCUGAGAGCGCAAAUUAUCUGGCGAUUUGGCAGCACACAUUUCACUCAGUGCACCCAACCACUGACUCCUCAUUGUGGCAGGCGUCCCACUCAUUCUCACUGCUGCGAUUUUACCCCGCUCUCUCGAAAGUUCGGUACAAGCUCUAGGUUUUAUAUUCAUCUUUCGUGGCCCGAGAGCCUCUCAGAAAGGCCAACAAUGGCAGAGCAGAGGUUCUGUGUAGAAUAUGCCAAACGUGGCACUGCGGGCUGCAAGAAGUGCAAGGACAAGAUCAUGAAGGGAAUUGUCCGCAUCGGCAAGAUCGUGCCCAACCCCUUCAGCGAGUCUGCUGGAGAGAUGAAAGAAUGGUACCACGGGAAGUGCAUCUUCGAGAAACUGGAGCGUGCCAGGGCCACCACCAAGAAAAUCGAGGACAUCACUGACCUGGAGGGCUGGGAGGAACUUGAGGAUGACGACAAAGAACUCAUUAAUAAACUUGUCUCAGAUCUUGCUGCCAAAACCAAUGCGACCCCAAAGAAAAAAGUACAGGCAAAGUUAAACACCAGCGGACCGCUGUCUGCACCACCUGCUGAUCCGUCACUUAAUGCCCCUCGAAAGUUCUCUGGCUUCACAGCUACCAAGGCUGGUACCUCUGCCAGUCCAGGGCAGUCUGCACUGAAAGCAGGCCAGGGCAGUGCCCUCUCCGCUCAGCUGUGUGACCCCAACCACAAGGACUGCCUGUUGCGCGAGUUCCGCAAGCUCUGUGCCAUGGUGGCAGAGAUCUCCAGCUACAACUCUAAGACUCAGAUCAUUCAGGACUUCUUGAAGAAAGGGAGUGGUGGAGAUAAGUUCAGAGGAGACUUGUUCCUCACUGUGAAGCUGCUUCUACCAGGAGUGGUGAAGAAUGUCUACAAUCUGAAUGACAAACAGAUUGUGAAGUUAUUCAGUCGUAUAUUGAACUGCAACCAAGAUGGGAUGCUGCGCGACCUAGAACAGGGGGAUGUGUCAGAAACCGUGCGGCUAUAUUUUGAUGACAGUAAGUCCUUCCCACCAGCAACCAAGAGUCUCCUCACCCUGCAAGAGGUCGAAGCCUCACUGAACCGUCUGGCUCAACUCACCAAGGAAGACGACCAGCAGAAAGAGCUCCAGGACAUUGCCAAAAAAUGCACAGGAAAUGACCUCAAGUGCAUCAUCAGACUUGUGAAGCAUGAUUUGAAAAUAAACUCAGGAGCUAAGCAUGUGCUGGACGCCGUGGACCCCAAUGCUUACGACGCCUUUAAAGCCUCGCGGAACUUGGGCGAUGUCAUUGAGCGAGUGCUGCGGAACCAGCAGGAUGCGUCCAAUGGCAGUGGGCCCCGCAAGAGCCUGAAAAUAGAGGCCUCCCUCAUGACCCCUGUGCAGCCCAUGCUGGCAGAGGCCUGUAAAUCUGUGGAGUACGCCAUGAAGAAGUGCCCCAACGGGAUGUACUCCGAGAUCAAAUAUGAUGGCGAGCGUGUGCAGGUCCACAAAAAUGGAGAUCACUUCAGCUAUUUCAGCCGCAGUCUCAAGCCAGUGCUCCCACACAAGGUGGCACAUUUCAAAGAAUACAUACCUCAAGCUUUUGUUGGUGGCGACAGUAUGAUUUUGGAUGCUGAGGUCCUUCUCAUCGACACCAACACCAGCAAACCCCUCCCCUUUGGAACACUGGGAGUGCACAAGAAAGCUGCCUUCCAAGAUGCCAAAGUGUGUCUGUUCGUCUUCGACUGCAUUUACUUCAAUGGUGUAAGCCUGAUGGAUAAGGCUCUUUAUGAACGAAGGAAGUUUCUCAAUGACAACAUGGUUGAAGUUCCAAACAGGAUAUUGUUUUCAGAAAUGAAACAUGUCACUAGAGCAUCUGAUCUGGCAGAGAUGAUCACCCGCGUCAUUCGAGAGGGGCUGGAGGGCCUGGUGCUGAAGGACGUCAAGGGCCUAUACGAGCCUGGGAAGCGUCACUGGUUGAAGGUGAAGAAGGACUACCUGAAUGAGGGCGCCAUGGCAGACACGGCUGACCUGGUGGUGUUAGGAGCUUUCUACGGCAAAGGCUCAAAUGGAGGAAUAAUGUCCAGCUUCUUGAUGGGCUGCUAUGACCCCGCAUCUAAGAAGUGGUGCACAGUGACCAAGUGCUCUGGAGGCUAUGAUGACGCCACUCUGGCCAGACUGCAGAAGGAGCUGGAUGUGAUUAAAAUCAGCAAGGAACCAAGCAAAAUCCCUGGCUGGUUAAAGAUUGUUAAAAACUAUUACCCAGAUUUCCUUAUCCGCGAUCCGGAGCAAGCACCAGUGUGGGAGAUCACAGGAGCGGAGUUUUCCAAGUCAGAGAUGCACACAGCCGAUGGAAUCUCCAUCCGUUUCCCGCGCAUGACGCGUAUCCGUGACGACAAGGACUGGAAGACUGCCACCAACCUGCCUCGGCUGAAGGAACUCUAUCGCAUAUCGAAGGAGCGCUCUGACUUUGAGUUGACCACGGGCCAGUCCAAAGAUGAUAAGGAUGAUGAGAACUCCUCUGGUGGAGCCAGUGGAGGCAGCUCUCCACCCUCCACAUCACACAAGACCCCUACCACCAGCAAAGCCCGGAACAGUGCUGCUCCACGGCUGAAGCAGGUGAAAUCAGAACCCAUUUCCCCAGCCAAGAGGAAGAUGCCUGCGGAGAACCACAGCAGCAAGAAGAUUAAGACUGAAGUUCAGAUUAAAACUGAAGCUCAGAUUAAGACUGAAGUUGCCCAUAGCAAUGGGAAAAGCAAAGUGAAGAGCGCCUCCACCAAGGUGAUAGAAGCAGGUCCUGAGAAGACCCUUUUGGACAUUUUCAGUGGCGUGAAGCUCUACCUGCCGCAGGGUGUGCAGGACUACGACAAACUCCAGCGUUAUUUUGUGGCCUACGACGGAGAUCUGGUGCCGGAGUACGACGCUGCCACAGCCACGCACACGCUUACAGAUCCCGAGGAAGACAGCAAAGCUCAGAGGGUCACCUCCAACUGGAUCUGGGCGUGCAUUCGCAAAAGAAGAAUGGUUCCUCCCUGCUGAUGAGGCCGGGCCAAUGGAGACUUGAGCUGCUUUCGGCUGAAUAAAAGUGCCCUUCAACAACAGUGGUUGCUUCAACUGCUUCCGCCAUACGAACAAUACCUUAUCUUCCAGUACAUUCUGGAUUGUUUCAUGAUCAUGUACAAACGUUUGUCAGUAUUUUAAGCUGCCCCAAAUUGGUGGGAUUUUUUUUUAAACACAUUAACAUGCCCUGUGAUUUGGGGUCUGAUACCACGAGGACGCAAGAAGGAGUAGAACUGCCUCUCCUAUGAUCUUUAUAUUUAUUUUGUUUUUAGGAAUCAUGUGUUGUCUGCUGUAACAGCUACAGCAAGGGCAUCUUCAAGUAGAUUAGGACAUAUUUUCUACUACUAGUUAGUUCAUUUUGAGUUAUAAAACAUUAAGUGAUAGCAAUGGGUAGUUUGUCAUGUAAACACGUCUAGUAGUUUAUCUUUGUUAUUCCUUAUGGGUGAAAUUACAUGAUGAAUGGAAAAUGAAUUCAGCAUUUAAUAAACCAUUUUGCAAAUGGCUUUGAACCUGAA